AGCCUGGGCGACGCGAGGGGCCAGCGAGCGAGUGUCUGCAGUCGAGGCCAAGGAUGCGGGACAAGCAGCUGCAGCGGGGCCGCGGCGCCGCCGUCAGCCUGCCACCGCCGCCUCCGCUGCCCAACCGCGAGAUGCUGCUGCAGGGGGGCCGCCCGCCCCCGGGACCCCAGCACUCGGCUCGCGGCAUCCUUAACUCGUACUUCCGCGACGAACGACGCCAACCGUCCGCCGCCUCCGCCGCCACCGUUUCGACCGCCUCCGCCUGGCGAUACGCCGGGGCCGACAAGUCGUCGACGGCGGUGGGGCCCGAGGGGGAGGGUCAGCAGCUCUCGAGCGGCGGCGAGCCCGACGAGGACGACGAAGAGGAGGAGGAAGCCGAGUCGACGCUCAAGGAGCGCGCCUGCUCGUCGGGCCGCCCCCAGGGCCGCCCCCGCGGCCGCCUCCAGUCGGACGACGACGACGACACCGACGAGGAGCUGUCCAGCUCAGCCGAACUGAGCUCGGCGUCGAGUCGCGGCGCCCCACGGCGCCGCCACUUCGUGCCAUCGGCGCCGAGACCCGCGCACGCCACCAGGGCCACCGCCACCGAAGACCUGACUGCGACCGGCUGCGACGAGGAGUGGCUGCAGCAGCGGCACGACCCCAUGCAGGACUCGAUGCACAGCUCUGUGAGCAUGCAGGAGUCCGUGGGCAGUUCUCAGGGCAGCCGCAAGGGCCACCGUCGCGACUCGGCCGAGCACCUGCCCGACAAUGGCUCCAUCAGGUCCAGGAACGACCCUAGCAGACACAGGUCGAAGCGGCACCUAAAGUCGACUCAGGAGAAGAUCAACAGUCUGGAGCGCGCCCGGCAGCGGAUGAAGAGCGCGCCGCCGGGCGAGUGCUACGACUCGGAGCACGCGGUGGCCGCGGCCGCCGGCCUCUGCUGCCCAUUCGACGAGCACCUGCACCACCUGUGCAGGGCGGCCAUGACCCUGCCGCCGCCCGCGCACCACCGUUACAGCUACCACGGCCCGUGCGGCUGCGGCUCGCACGUCGCCGCCACCACCGCCCCCGAUCCACCCCCACCCUACGACUACUUCCGCUGGAGAUACUUCCUCAAGAGUCCCAUCGGCGAUGUCGAGGAGCGCAUGCAGCGGCUGGAAAACGAAAAGGACUCAUUGCGGCUGCAGGUGUCCGUCCUGUCCGAGCAAGUGGACGCCCAGUCCGAGAAGAUGUCAGAUCUGGAGAGACAGCUGUGCGAGAAGAAGCGCGAGCUUAGCAAAGCCCAGGAAAUGCUCCAACUGGAGAUGCUGGCGAGGUCAUCGCUAGAGACGCAGAAGCUGGAGCUGAUGGCCAACGUUGCCGACAUGAAGAGGCGGCAGGCGCUGAUGGAGCGACAGCACCUCGAAUUCCAAGAACGAGCUCAACGAUCCGAGGCUGAACUUUCAAAUAUGCUCAUGCAGGUUUCUGAGGAGAGAAGGAGACUCAGGGAAAAGCCCCCAGUGGCACCAAAACCGAGCGGUCCCAUGUUGGUCAGCUCGACCCCUUACACGUCGGCCACUGAUUCCCCUAGCAAAUUCUCGAGAGGGACGUCGCCCUCGCCGAGUCUCGGCUCGAGUAUCCACAACAGCGUGUCAAGUCCGCUGAGGCGUUCAGCGUCGGCCACCGCGGACACGUCACUCGACGACCACCCUCCGCAGCCAAAGACGCCGCCGUCGAGCUCGCGCUACCGGGUGGAGCAGCAGCACUCGCAGCAGCAGCAGCAGCAGCACUGCGGCACGUUGCCGCGCACGAGGGACGCGGCGGGGCUGAGCUCGCCAGACCUGGACGCGUUCAGGCCGUCGCAGCGCAAGGCGGCCGCGGCCUCGGUCGCCUUCGGUAAAUCAUUCAUGUCGUUUCACACGGCUGCAAGCACAGUGAACAACAGUCGCAGCUGUUCCGCGCCCAACCUAGCUGAGACGGAAAAAGAAGCGUACAACUCGAGGGAAGGGGCAGCGUCGCCGCAGCUGAGCAUAAAUCAACAGAAGCCCAAGGGCAUCAAGAAAAUCUUUGGCAGCAGGCUGAAGCGCAGCGGCUCUGGCAGCUUGGACGAGCUAGCGUCCGGCGACGGCACUGAAUUCCAGAGGGGUGGCGUCCGGGCCACUACAGGGGGCCGUCUUGGCUGGUCCAGGGACCUCACCUCUGAGUGCCCUCAACGCAGCGUCGUUCCGGACCUGCCCCUGUGCGAGUGGGACACAGACACAGUGUGCGGAUGGCUGCUGGACAUGGGCCUGGAGGCGUACGUGCCAGAUGCGCGGCGCUACAUUAAGGACGGCAAGCACCUUGCCACCUGCUCCAACCACGAGCUUGAGAAGGAGCUCAGCAUUAAGAAUGCAUUUCACAGGAAGAAGCUGCAGCUGUCGAUAGCGGCGAUCGGGACGUCAAACCCGAGCCCGCCUGACAUGCAGCUGCUGUCCAAAGCGGCCUCAUUGGACGGUGGCUGGGUGCUGCGCUGGCUGGACGACGUCGGUUUGCCGCAGCACAAGGACGCCUUCCUCGCGGCCAGGAUCGACGGUGCCGUGCUGCACCGGCUAACUACCGAGGACCUCGUCAAUCUGCACAUCACCAGCUGCCUUCAAGCUGCUAGUCUUAGGAGGGGCAUCCAGGUUUUGCGAGAAAACGAAUUCAAUCCAAGCUGCCUAAUAAGAAGGUCGAACCCUGAGGACUCAGGCACUCCCUCCUCCCAGGAGGUGGCUUUGUGGACCAACCACAGAGUGAUGGAGUGGCUGCGCGCUGUCGAUCUCGCCGAAUACGCUCCAAACAUGCGAGGAUCAGGUGUACAUGGUGCUCUGAUGGUGCACGAACCAAAGUUCACUGCCGAACUGCUCGCCUCGCUGCUGGCUAUUCCGCCAAACAAGACGCUGCUGCGGCGCCACCUCAGCACGCACUUCCAGGAACUCGUCGGCAGGGACAAGAUCAGCGAAAAGCGCCAGGCCGAGGCCUCCUCGGGCUUUGUCCCGCUCACUGCCACAUCUAAGAUCAAGCCUCCGAAAAAGAGCCAGUUCACGCUGAAGAAGAAGAAGGUGCGGGCCGAGAUGGAGCUGGAGGACCUUGUGUGUCCAUUGGAGGUGGAGAGCAGACCAGGUGAACGCCACUCUGGCGACGGUCUGCAAAGAGCGGGCGUGGACGCAGCUGCCUCUCCAGUGGGGAGCAUGAGUAAUGCUGGUUCAGACAGGAUGAGUUACGUGUGAGAGUGCGAGUAAGAGGAGCAAAUCCAGUUAACUACUGCCGUGAAUGAAUAUUCGCCCCCCACCCAUCCAUCCGCACGCGAAGAGGAGAUGGACAAUAUCAGAGCAGCUUAAUUAUUAUACCCCCGUUUCUUCCCGAUUGGAGUUUUAGUCGACUAUUUAUAAUAACAAUUAUUGUACUAUUACAUAUGACCACGAAAGAGUAUAUAUGAGAAAAUUAUAAACGCAUGUUAACCUUUGUACCUUUUAACUUAAUCGCAUUGUUUCAAAGUAUCAAGACUUCGUCGACGAUUAAAUAAAAAGUAGUAAUAUUUUCUGACACCG